AUGAAAUAUUUAAUACUCUUGGUUUUAGCAAUUUCAGUAUUUGCUGAUGUCAAAAAUGAAGGAAAAGUAAUUGAAUUAACAGCUGAUAAUUUCAAUUCUAUUGUUUUGGAAUCUAAACAAGAUGUUUUAGUAAAAUUCUUUGCUCCCUGGUGUGGUCAUUGCAAGAAUAUGGCUGAAGCAUACAAAACCUUAGCAGCUAAUUUAGCAGAUAAUUAGAAUGUUUUGAUUGCUGAAAUGGAUUGGACUUAACAUAAAACUGAUGCAGUGGAAAUUAAAGGAUUUCCAACUUUAGUUUUCUUUAAAAAGGGCGGUGAAAAACCAGAAUAAAUAAAAUUUUAAAAGGCUCGUACAGCAGAAGCAAUGGCAGAAUUCAUAAGAGAAAAUUCAAGUUUCCAAAGAGAAGAUCUAUGAUAUAUGUAUGUUAUGUAUGUAUAUUGUAUGUAUAAUUUUUAAUAAUUC